AUGUACAUUCGUCUCACCCAUAUACAACCCAGCCCUUGGGGCAGCCAAAAAGUUACCCCGCAUGACGGAGACGGGUUCGAUGGAGGGGCAGCUGCAUUCAACCUCCGAUUCGGGGAAGACCCGACGGGGGAAGUGAGAGAGAGAGUCUCCAGAAAGCCCAUUCCCUCUCGUCAUUCGUCCCUUUCUCGCUCGCUUUUCUCGCUCGAAUUCUCCCGUGGUCCCCAAGUGUCGGUUGGCUGCAACAACCCGCCGAUCAUCUCUUCCCUACCACCUUACCAAGUACAACCAGCCCACGCGCCGUCUUUUUGUGUCUCGUGUUUAGCUGAACACUGGCUUGUCCGCCUUACUCAGCUUCGUCCAAGCCAACGCUUUCCCAUCUCCAAAUUCUUCCAAUUGGUCACCACGACCAGUCUUUACUCGCAGAAACUCUUUGCUGAGCCCCUCCUCCCCCGCCAACGGACCAAGCUCCUAUUACCAAACCGCUAA